AUGCCCGAGAGGACACAUCGGACACUACUCCAUAGCACGCGAUACGGAGGUGUAUGGCCCCUUUACCCCUGCAUGAUGAAUCCGACACUGGGGUCUCCGUCCCACGAGAUUAAACAGCAUCCAAAGGAAGAGUCGGAUACAGAGAGCGAGGAACUUCAACCCAAAGAUAUGACGACCGACAAAGGAUACAAAAUUAAGACGAGCAGUCUACCGUUUAGUGUCGAAUCGUUGAUUUCGAAGAAAACGACCUGCCGGACUGUCUAUUCCUCGUCGGAGUCACGUCUGGUCCAACCGAAGCCCGUUGCAGCGCAGGGCGGACAGUUUUCACCCAGGACAUUUUACGCGGAGACGAAAGUUUCAGCAGAGAGCUCUCAAAACGCACCAGAGAGCCCUAGUGACGAUAGUCCCGAGUUUUGUGAGAAAGACCAGAGCACUUGGUUCCAGACAUCAUCUUUCUCAACUCCUCCUCGAAGCUCGAGCCCACCUCCAUGUACUUUAAGAAAGCAUAAAAACAACAGAAAACCUCGAACGCCCUUCACUACCUCUCAGUUGCUGGCGCUGGAGAGGAAGUUCCGACAGAAGCAAUACCUGUCCAUCGCCGAGAGAGCCGAGUUCUCCAACUCCCUCAAUCUGACAGAGACACAGGUCAAAAUCUGGUUCCAAAACAGGAGAGCCAAAGCCAAAAGACUCCAGGAGGCCGAGCUGGAGAAGUACAAACUCGCAUCGAAACCCAUCCUACCUGCUUUCGCUCUCCCAUUCCCUUUGGGCGCACACAUGGGGUCCCCAUCUCUCUACGGACCUUCCAACGGCUUUCCAAGGCCCACAUUACCGGUCCCAGGACUUUUCAGUGGACCAGUUACUUACGGAAUGUACUAUUUGUCUUAGAAUACUAAUUCUGAGAUCGUUUCUAAUGUCUUAGAUAUUAGGGUUACACUUACUUUAAAUAUGAAUAUAUUUUUAAAAUUGUAUGAAUAACCCAUUUUUGUAUCCCUUUCAAUAGAUAAUAAUUGAGAUUUUUUUAGGCCAGUACGGGCCUGCCAAGAUAAAUGUGAGCCAAUGCCAUAAUCGAUUUUUUUAAUAGACCAAAAUUAUAUUCUUUCAAUGUUGGCCACGUUUGUUUAUAUUAGUUUAUAAGAAAAUUUGAGUAAUUCGCAUACAUGAGUGUUUCAUUUUAUACAUUCUCAUCGAUUAUGCACACGCUGGCACUAUAAGCCUUAAACCACUUGCCUUAAAAAAAAAAUCUAUGUAUCAUCUUUAUAUUUGAUAACCUGUUUUAAAAAUGAUCAUAUAUCCCUUGCUAAGGUUCAGCAUCACCGUGCGUAAUUACCUUGCGUAAUGAGUGCGUAAAGCAACAAAAAAGUACUUAAAGGCCUUGCAGUUAUGAAAGUGCCUUGCAACACAAUUUUUUUGCUCACUGCUGAUGUUUAUUUGUUGACUGUGUUUUCACCGUUGCUGUUCAAUUGCAAACGACCAGUAGGCCUAUGUAGCUGAGUGUCUAUUUGCAAUUCCUACGUGUCUUUUAGGAUAUGGAAUAUAUUCCCAUAUUGUUAGGCCCUUUCAACGAUUACACUGUUGCCUUACAGACCAAUUUCAAUAAGAGAGAUGUAUGAAAUAACUUUUAACUUUCCAGAAAUGUGCUGUAUUCUUGUAAAUAAAAUGUUUAGUUUUUACUUUUCCGGCAACAUUGCCAGGAAACUAUGCAGGAUUCUCGGUAUUUAUUACAUAUCUUUGUAUCUGUACUGUGUACAUACAUGGUCCCAUUUUAAUUAUUCAGUUUAACUUGUAUAAACUGGAUUCAGUAAAUAAACUAUUUGUUUUUU